GUGGCGCUAGCAAUGGCGCUACACAAAUAAACAAUCAUGGUUGCAAUUUAUUUUGGUUAUUGUCACGCGUAAUUUACUGUCGUAUCUGACAGCCUAGGGUCAGCGUGUUGCAGGAAGGAGAUUUUAUUUGUUGGUGUCAGAUUUGGGAGUCACGGUUGUCGGACAUUGACGCUAAAAAGUCAGCAGGAGCAGUUUCAUCUCAUUGUUGAGCUGCGUUCGUUUCGUCGUACGCUGGCGUCGUUUUGUGAGCGCUGAGGAUGCCGCUGGGUUUGAAACCAUGCUGUGCUGUUUGCAAGACCAACUCUUCCUCCAUGUGGAAGAAAGGAAACCAGGGAGAAAUCCUCUGCAACAACUGCACAGGGAAGAGCAGCAGCGGCGGACCGUCAGGACCCUCCAUGUCCUCCAACACUCAGCCCAGCAAUGGCGGGGGGAAGCAGUCAAAGCAGGAGAUCCACAGGAGGUCUGCGCGGCUGAGAAGCACCAAGUACAAAGCUCCUGCAUCUGAGAAGAAAGUGUCAACAAAAGGAAAGGGAAGGAGACACAUAUUCAAACUCAAAAAUCCAAUCAAAGCACCAGAAUCUGUAGCAACAAUCAUCACAUCAGAAUCCGUAUUUUAUAAGGGUGUUUACUACCAAACAGGAGACGUGAUCAAGGUAACAGAUGAGGAAGACGGGAAGCCUUACUAUGCUCAGAUCCGAGGCUUCGUACAGGACCAGUACUGUGAAAAAAGUGCAGCACUGACUUGGCUCAUCCCCACUCAGGCGAGCCCAAAGGACCAGUUUGAUCCUGGGACGUACAUUGUUGGUCCAGAGGAGGAUCUGCCCAGAAAGAUGGAGUACCUGGAGUUUGUGUGCCACGCUCCCUCUGAAUAUUUCAAGUCACGGAGCUCUCCGUUCCCCACCAUCCCCAUACGACCGGAGAAAGGCUACAUCUGGGCCCACAUAGGACCCACACCGGCCCUCACCGUCAAAGAGUCUGUCAGCGGCAGCAGUUAACAGGACUGUGAUACGGACUGAGUCCGUUGCUUUUUAAACAGAUAAAUGUACAGUUAUGUAAGAUAAUGAAAACAAUAAUGGUCGUCAACCACAGCCAUUACUAAAGUGUAAAGAUGAGUUGUAAUUUGAUACGAAGGAAACAGCAGUGACACUGAAAUAUUACUUUUGUAUUUGGUAUUAAACAAAAAGCUCUUUUUUUAACCUCCCAGUUUGCCAAUGACUUUUACUAAAUGUUUUAUAUUUUUACUGAAUUAGACUGAGAACAAUAAAAUAAUGUUGGAAAAGCUCAAAUAAUAGAAACAGUAAAGAAGUGUAAUUAUUGUUCAACAUGUCAUGCUUUUAAUCAGAGCAUAAAGAGAUGCUGCAGUU